CGAUACGCGGCGCGCCAUCAUCGCGGAUAACAUUAUUACAAUAUUGGAAUAUUAUUGCGCGGCGCUCGUACCGUGUCGUUUCGCGGCCGCUUUUAUCAUUUUGCGCGCCCGUUGGUACGCAACCGAACCGCGUAAACUCGUCCGUUCCGCGCACCGCCGGAUGUCGACGAUGGCCAGCGACAUAAUUAACUAUUCGUCCAGACUCUAUCAGCCCGACUAUUCAGGUAAACCGAUAACCGUUUCCUACAGUAAUCUGUAUGCGACGAGCCGCGGGUAUUGGCUGCGACGGCCGCUCGGGUCGGCUAAAUCCGGUUCCGGCGAUAUUUGCGCGUCCCGCGGUACACCGAAUAGCGCAUCGAAAAGUCCCGGGGCUGUUUGAAUAGCGUGCGCGAAUUGCUACGGAUUCGGCAGCGGGCGACCGCGGCGGCUGUUUAACAGAAGUUCGCCUUUUAAAAAUAUUUUAUACGACCGACGACAAUAAUUUCAGCCUAUUCGAACAUUUUUUUGAUGCAACACGUUUGACCUGUACCCCCAUUUUGUACCGUCGAAAUGCGCGCUGUAACGGCGGGUAGACCAUUUUCAAAAGUAAUAGAAAUAAUAAGCGAAAUCGUCUUUUCCUACGUUUCUGAAAAAUUCGUUCGGGCCGCCGAGUCCUUAGGUAUCGAAAAGAAAAACCGUAAUCGACUAUUAUUGCUUAACGGAUCCCGCGUUCUGUUAUUUAUCGGUGACUUGACUUGUACAGUUAAUGUUGACGUUACAGUGAAACAAGAAUGCAUUGCGGUCGCGGCGGACACGUCGACGGCCGCGGAAGUGGCUGGAGACGGACGUUUCGUCAUCCAAGACCUGUCGCCGUCCACACCGUCGCCCUACUGGACGCCCGGCGCCGCGGAACAGCUGGUGGCUUGCGUGGUCGGUAGCACGGUGUCCGCGGCCUCGUCCUCGUCGUCUUUCGUGGACGACGAGUCCACGUCGUACGAGGACAUCACGUACAACUGUAAUUACGGGCUGCCGACGACCAUCGUCGGCCCGCAGGCCACCGCGGCCGCCGGUUGUGACUACGGUGCCACGGGCCUCUACACCCACCAGCACCUGCACCAGCAACAAUACGGCAACGGCGGCGGCUGUUAUUACGACGCCGGCGGCGGCGGUGGCGGUUAUCACCACUUGGGCUACGACGAAAAGCCGCCGCCGUACGACAACAACAACGCGGCGGACGCGUGCGACAUGAACUCGGCGGUCGCGGCCGUCGUUUACGACGACCCGUACGCCACCGCCGUCCAACCGGCUACCCAACAGGUGAAUAUUAACUGUUCAUUUGUGACAAAGAAAAAAAAAAAAUACUGAAAAUAAUCGGUUUUUAAAAAAGGAUUUUCGAAUUUCUAAAACUAUCCAAUAAAAUUAUAAUUGUAAAACGAGUUCACGAGCAGAUUGAAACGUAUAUGCAAAAUGUAUAGAGUUUUAAUACUGCGGAAACAAAAAAAAAAAAAUCUAUAUGCAAUUCAAUUAAACAUGUUUUUGCUUAACUUACACGGAAACAUAAUUUGUUUUCAAUAGUUUCCGAUAGUUCGUAAGUUAUUUAACGAGUUUCGACAAAAUUUAAACUUCAAACGCUUUUUAUACCGAAAAUCAUAAACGAAAAAGCAAUAAUAAUACGUUUUCUGAAAGAAUUUUGGUCAUUUUCGAUUUUGUUGCGAUUCGUUUAGAAAAAUAUCGUAAAUACUCACAGUUUUCAGAUAACACUUAAAUUAGCUUUUUCUAGCCAUUCAAAACAUUCCUGCGAUUUUCGGACUGUUAUUUUUUCGGAAAAUUUUCUAGUUUUUUUACUUUUACUUAAGUACAGGUAUUAUUAUAUAGAUACAAUAAUUUGGCCGAACAGAAAAAAAAAAUAUUUAAAAAUUAAUUACGAGGUUCAUUAUAAUCUGUAUAUAAAAAUCUGUGAUAAAAAAGAAAAGGUUGAACGUAACGUAAUAGUUUUGUUAUUUUAAGAGCGAUUAAGAUCAAAUGUGGACGAAAAUCAUAAAAAUUACGGUAUUUCAAAACAUGUAAAUCCGAACCGAAAACAACUCAGAUUAUUCAGAAUACUAUUUUCGUUAGCCAUAGCUUAUCGUCGCGUACAGUUAUAAAGUAAAUCCACUUUCCCAACUUUCCGCCCACAGCAGUGGCACACCUGUCCCCAAUAUUCACUCUUUUUUUUUACCUUUAAUCGCUUAGAGUGAAUUCAAAAACUCGAACAUUUCAAACGUUGAAAUAUUUAAAAAUUAACUGAGAAUUUGCCAAAUUAAAACAACAAAAACCCGACACCGCGUGAGUAUUACACGAGUAACAAAUAUUUCCGUGUUUCUUCGGUUUCUUCCCUGCUAUUAGAAAAAGGGAUGUAAAAAAAAUAAAUGACCUCCCAACGCUUUUAAUAGCAAACAGUCGACAUAUUUUAACACGAGAAUACAUAAUUUGUACGUUUUAAAAUAUAAAAUUCAAACAAAUCAAAAUGAAAAAACGGUUUUAUAUUGUCUACCCGUUCGUCAUGGAAAUAUUGUUUUUUUUUUUUUUUUUUUUUUACCGAGACGAUUUUCAUGCGACCGGAACUUGCGAGCGGCGAAAUAAAUCGCAACUUCCCCGCGUAUGUACUGCGCGCGUUUCAAUUUACUUAACUGGUUGUUUUUUUUGUUCCUUUCCGGCUCGAACGCACUCGAGACUCGAGUUCUUCUCGGUUUUUUUUUUUUUUUUUUAAUGGUUUUGGAUUUAUGACUAUACACCCUACACAAACACGUGUGGAUCACGCGCCACAGCAUGUCACAAUAUAUGAAUAUAUACAUAUAUAUAUUAUCCCUAUUCUGUACAGAAUCCGACCCCGAAAGGUGCAAAAUCACUCAAAAAUAAAUGAAUAACACGGUAAUUUUCGGUCGGUUGGUUUUAAUUAUAUUGUACGAGCGCCGCAAGUGAUGCACACGCGUGCUCUGCAUCGGUUAGAAAGAAUAUACACUGUCGUCGGUUUUGAGUUCCGGAGGUUUGGUGGGACGCGUGAUUCGUGUUUUUAAUCGGCCGAUAAAUUUACCGUUUUAAAUCUUACGGGAAUAAAAAUCACACGCCAAAGAUGAAAUUCGAUUGGUGAGAACUCCGGCGAUUAACUGCAGGAUAAAAUAUCCACGGAGGAACAGUUACAGUAUGUGACGGGACUGAAAUUCCUGAAAAAAACAAAUCGAAAUGUAAAGUGAUAAGCUAUGAAACACUAUUUACCCGAUUAGCAAGUGUUUACGUUUCGGCGCGAUCCAAAAGUUAGGGCAAUCCGAAAUUGAUUCCCAGGUCAAAUAAAGUGUGCGAAUUGGUUGCCAAUAAAAAUUACACAUAGUCAUUCAACCAUUCGAAUCGGUUCCUAAUGUACACAUUUCGUAAUUUUAUCAUAUUUAAUUAGAUUUAUGAAGCCUGGAGUUUUUCCGCGAGAGUUCUAAUAUUAUAGCAUAAUAUAGUGUAGGAAUAUAAAUAAAAUAUACGCGUUUUUAUUGAUUGAACAAUUAAAAGCGACCCAAUGCGAAACAUACAUAAAGUAAAGAAGCGCGCUCGAAUUAACGUUAAAAUAACGUUUGCCGAAAAGGAAAAUUUAAUCGGCGAAAAAUUUCAAACUUGCAAUUUUUGUCAAAAACGUGUGUUGAAAACUAAUACCGCGUUUUAUUAUCAUGUGCUCAACCGACAACAAAUUCCUUCCCAUUUUACACAGACUCGGGACCGUCUAGAACACCUAGGUAUGGUUUAAAGUGGCGCUGCCUCGUUAUAGCCAGUUCUGCGGUGUACACCAUACAAGGAAUGUACGUGUUUGUCAAUGACAAUAUAAUAAUAAAAUAAGUGCACGAUAAUAUUUUCACGCAAUAUCAAAUAACAGUAGGUCGAUUACAAUAAAUUAUAAUUUUCAUAAAGUCAAUUUAACGUAGUAUUAUUAUCGUUAUGGAUGCUCGGCGGGACCUAUUCCUACGUUACCCACUUUAGACAACUCGGGAACCAAUUCGGUAAUUGGGAACCGACCCGUAGUCGUCCAAAAGUCAAUGAUCCGUUCUCGAACAAUUUUCCUUGUUGCACCAUACCGAAAAUGACAUUAUAUAAUUUUUUGUAUAAAAUCUGAGCACUCAGAAUAAUCUAUCUUUAAUUAUACUCCGUGCGAAAUGGUUGUUGCGAAAAUCGUAUUAUCAAAACUGAAUAGUUGUGACGGGAAGACUUGUAUAUUAAUUCGCAUUUCGUGUUUCCACAGCCGUACCUCCAACACCGAAACACCGACGGUGUCGCCGGCGACCACGAUGACGAUAAACAGCAACAACAACAACAACAGCAACAGAUGCACUGUCCAUCGGGGGUGAUGUCGGCAACAAAUGCCGUGCCCGUGCCGGUGGUGCGGGUCGUAAAGCGCAGGAAGACGGCCAACAAAAAGGAACGGCGUCGGACGCAGAGCAUCAACAACGCGUUUUCCGACCUACGGGACUGUAUACCAAACGUGCCGUCCGACACCAAACUGUCCAAAAUCAAAACGCUCCGGUUGGCCACGUCGUACAUCAGCUACCUGAUGACCGUGCUGGACAGCGACGACCCGGAAACGGACGGUUUCAAGGCCGACCUGUCCGCGCACACGUCCAGGCGGUCGUCCGCGGCCACGCAAUCGGCGACCGCCGCGGUCACCUGCGCCAACAAUAAGGCCCAACAACAACAGGUACGAUUGAACGAUGCGCGACGAGAAAUGCAGGGACCCGAGGGACGGUUUCACUUUGCGGUUUGCGGGGAAAGUUGGGGGGAGGGGGGGUAGUGCGUGAAAAUUAAAAACCGACCGUUUUCUCAGCAUUUUUUUCGGUUGCGUAUAAAAACGCGCGCGUUUUGGUUAUUUGAGCUUGGCCAGUGUACACUGUACGCGUUUGUCGAAAUACUUGCAAUGCCCGUCUCUGUAUACGAUUUUUCAGAGUUUAAAUGCGAAUACUUCCGUUGAAAACCGGUAGAAGUAUAGCCGAUAUAGGCGAUCGACAAAAAACUAAAACUAAUUCCACAUACCGCCCGUCACGAGUAUAACUAUUUUUUUUUUUUUGAUUUUAUAGUACAAGAUAUUCACGGAUCAUAAGUGCGCGAACAAUAUUGAUACCGCGAUAGUCUCGAUUAUCCCGAAUACGAAAUAAAUGUAAACGAAAUCAUAAACUAUAACGUAUUGAUUAUAAUUUACAAGAUGGUAUUAAGACGAUGUGUAAGACGUAGGAUUGAUAUUAUGACAUGGAUUAUGAAAUGAAAAAAAACUAUAUAUAUAUUUAUAUAUAUGUAUGCUUACACUGUAAUACGAUGUUUUUUCGCACAAACAAUAAUAAUAUUCAUCAAACAUAUUCGUGACAUAUUAUCAGAAAGAUUGGGAGUAAAAAAAAUUAUAAAUCAUACUAUUCUGGUUAUCGUACGACAUGGUGUCUCGUUGUGCGUGACAACAUUUUUAUUUUAUUAUUAUUUUUUUUUUUAUAGCAAAAUAACACCAUAUAAAUAAAGAUUAGGUACACGUGUGGCACUUAAUAAUUGUUUGCGUAUCGCGAUUUCACAUCCCUAGAGACACCCUAAUCGCUAUGGCACAUAACAUAUCGACCAGAUAUAGAAAUGCGUGCUUAAAAAAAAAAAAAUAUUCAUUUAAUACGUAUUAUUAAAAAUAAUAAUUUUGUUAUACCGUUAAUAGCAGCGUGUACGAGUUAUAUAUUAUAAAGUAGAAACGGCUUCGUAAAAGUUUUAAUGCUCGAAAAUUACCCAUUUACUUGUAUUGUAUAAAAAUACGAAAUUCAAAUAGGAAGCAUUGAGAAUUGAAAUUCGGGGCGUCGAAAUAAAUCCUCGCGCGCUAGUCUUAGAAUUCAUAAUAAAGUUGCGACACUUUGUGUGAAUUAAAUCAAUAUAAAGUUCAGUGUUAUCGUUUAAAUGGAAAAAAAUCGAAUAAAAUGUAUCCGAAUCACUCAGUCGUUGACAGGAUCGGACAGUAGACGCAAACGAUUAAAAAAUCAAAAAAAAAAUCAAUCGAAUAGAUCAAACGCUCUGUAUAUCGAUCGAUUAAAGACAAAUAUUUGAUAAAUGCUAAAUUUUUAUUUUUUUUAUUUCUGACUUCUGUAAAUUCGUAGUGACAUGAAAUUUUGACAGAAAACUUAUAUUUGCUUUUUCUAGAUGUGGUAUGCAAAACCAAACAAAACAUUUCUGCUAUUGUUUAGACAUUUUAAUUUCGUGAGUUUUUUACUUAAUUUUUAUUUGGAAGGUAGGUACUUCGUCUAAUAAUUUUUUUUUAGACCAAAUUGAAAUGGUUGAAAAUUUAACAAUAGAUUCAUUAUGAGUCGUAUUUAGUGAUAAAACAAAACAAAUUGAGUUUAAUGUAGGUAGUAAUUUUUUUUUUAUAAGAAUUUUAAUACCAAAUUUUGAGGAAAAUCGUAAAUAUUACGGGUUUUCAAAACAUAUUUAACCGAACUUCGGUUCGAAUCGUUUUUCAUUAGCAAUGGUUUAUCGUUGCGUACAAAUAUAAAUUAAAUUCCGCUAUAUAACAUCCUACCUUUUCAACUUCUCACCUACAAUAAUGGCCCAACCAUCGUGAGAAAUAUGUUCAUCUUUUUAAAAAUAAUUUUUGCUGGAAAUAGAAUGAAUUCAUUCAAUUAAACAACAAUUGUUGUUUUUUUACCUCGGUAUAGACGUAUGGUAUUUAAUAAUUAAAUUAUUACAAUAUUGUCUAAAAUAUCAUUUAUCAGUUUAGUCAAAUACUGUAUGUCCAGACAUGUUACAUUUGUCCGUUUAAAACGAACACCGAUGUUAAUAUCUAUUUGAAAUAAUAUCGUGUGUUCAAAAAUACAAGGUUGGGCAUGUUAAUGAUUUUUUUUAACUUAUUAAUAACUUUGAAUAAAGUAAAUUAACUAUUUAUUUUUUUAUAACCCUAGCUUUCUUUGCCAUUUACCAACUUAAAUUUAAAACUGUAUAGUGUUUACUAUUUAGUGUCUACAAGUACAGUAUUUCUAUACAUUACUUCUAUAUAGUGAUGAAGUUUUUCUAAAAUUUAAAAUAACAAUAGUUUUACCUAUCUAAUAAACAAUAAAUAAUAAUGCAUCGAUACUAAAAAGUACACAAGUUGUUUUAUUUAUUUAAACCUUGUAUAUACAACAUAUACAAAGUCUGACCAAUAAGUAAUGAGACUAAUUCAAUAAAAUACGUAUAUUUAAAUACUAAGAUACAUCGAUGUGAUCCCCUUCAAAGAACUCUCCUCCCACCCCUAUACACUGGUUCCAACGUUUUUUCCAGCUCUCAUAACGUUUCUGGAAGGCUUCGACUGGAAUGUCCUGAAGUACCCUCGUCACGGCGUUCUGGAUGUCAGUUAUGGACUCAAAAUGCGUUCCUUUCACGGCCAAUUUUGUUUGAGGGAACAAAAAGAAGUCGCAGGGUGACAUAUCCGGCGAAUAGGGCGCUUGUGGCAACACUGCGAUGUUCUUAGAGGUCAAAAAUCGCGACACACUGAAGGCACGCCGAAAGGUUCUUCGGUACCAUCUUUGCACACAGCUUUUUCAUGGACAAAUCAUCAGUUAAAAUUUUUCUGACGGUUUCUCGUUUCAAAUUAAGUUCAUCAGCCAACAUUCGAACGGUUAAACGCCGAUCUUGAUGCACGAGAGUGCGCACACGCUGAAGAUUGUUGUCAGUUCGAGCUUCAACCGGUCUCCCACUUCGCGAUUCAUCCCCGACGCUUUCACGACCAUUUUUAAAAUUUUUAUGCCAUCGAAACACCUGAGCACGACUCUCAUCUUCAUCACCGAACAAUUUCACCAAUUUAUCGUACGUUUCCAUAACGGAAUCGCCGAGUUUAACGCAAAAUUUAAUCGCGUACCGCUGAUAUUUGAGACACGCCUUACAAACACGUUGUCGAAAUCAUAACACAACUGGAAAACUAAUUAUUAUACGAAAAUCGCGAGCACAUGUAUCGAUAGAGGAGGGAUGAGAGAUUAACCGAACGAAGUUUCAGAUUCGCAGUGUUACCACAAGCGUGGAAAAAAAACAGUCUCAUUACUUAUUGGUCAAACUUCGUAGAUACUAUUAGUAUGCAUGCAUGUGUGUGUGUGUGUGUGUGUAUAUGUGUGUGUAUGUGUGUGUGUGUGUAAAAGACAAUGAAUAGUCAAUCGACUAUAAAUGCAUUACUCAAUUACCGUAUUAUAAAAUAUAACCGAAAUAUUUUUCGACAUUAAAACGAAUCGAUUGAUAGAAAAAAAAAACAAACGGUAAAACCAAUACAUUAUCCUCGGUAUUCACUCCCAAAUCUAAAAAUGAACAUAAAUUCUUAAAAUGACAAUUGAAUUCGUUGAUUUCGCGUUAAUAAAAAAAAAAUUAAAUUAGUAUAGUUAACGGAAACCCAAAAGUAACCGGUCAGGUUAAAAAGCUGAAAUCAAAUGGAAAAAUCGAUUUUAACUUUAACUUGUCAACUCAUUAAUGUCCCCAGCCUUGCAAAAGUGCGAUCCGUUCGUAAAUUGCCGAAUCGUGUAAAUACGUUAUCUCACGUAAAAAUAACGCGGUUCUAAUAAUUUCGGACACUUAAUAUUCGUAAAGCGGACCGAGUUUUUUUUCGAUCGGACGCGUUAUAAAACCGAUUUUUGAAAAAGUCAACGUGCAAUACGUUAUUGUAAUGGCCUUUAAAACCAUAUCGUUGUACAUCACGCCGUUUCGGCUCCCACGGAUGUACACGGCCGCACGAGCACUCGUAAAUUAUCAUCGCUUAAUAUAUCCACCAGAUUCGGCCACUUAUAAUAUCAUUAUUAUCGCGCAUAUGGCAAUAAUACUGUGAACCGCGUAUGUGGCGUGUGACGACGUGCGAUAUUUAAUGCACCCCAGCGAAUCAAAUAACGCCACUAAUGCAGUAACGACAUUAUGUGUGCGCGCAUACGCACCAUACGAAAUUGUCGCCCCCGACACGGGCGGGCUCCGUCUUUAUCGUUCCGGUCGGCGCGGCAUGUAGGAACCCGGUCACAAUAACCAUUACCAUUGCCGGCGACCGACUUCGAACCGUAACCGCGUUCGAACGUCAAAACGAUUAUUGUUCAAUGGACAAUAUUCUCCCUGUUAUACGGAUAUUACGAUCUCGUUUACGGUAUUUUUGUCAUUUCGCCCGUCUCUUCCGCGCCCGCGUCACAAAAAACGAAAUGCCGUCAUGCUUCGCGCGUGGGCGAGACACCGUUGUAGGUGAGAAGUCGGGAAGGUAGUAUAGAGGGGAAAUUUUAUGUACAAUAUCCGUACACAACGGUUAACCAAUGCUAGCAGAAAAAAAAAGAAAAAACGAUUCCGAGCGGAAUUCGGUAGAUAGUGUUAUUAUGUACUGAUAAAUUAAUAAACAUUGAACAUGUGCACUCACUAUACUUAUUCAACUAAUCACAAACAAUUGUACUACGCAUGAGUUCCAAGUACGCCACUGGUUGUGGUCGUAUAUAAAGUAAAUUUAAAAUGUUGUCUGCAUAAGAUCAUCAACAAAUUCUAUAUAAUGACUGAAAAAAAGUCAAAUGUACGAAAAAAGAAAAUUAAAAAAUCGUACCAGACAAUGACUAGUCCACGGUAAAAUAAUUACCCUCUAAAUUUACGUCGGACACGUGGCACUAUGAAUAAGGCGUGCGAGAGGAAACGACUUUAUUAUUAUAAAACGGCGACCCGUUGUGUUCAGGGUACGCUACGCGUAUACGUCAGCCGUCAGGGCAGGGCAUAAUGUAAUAAAAAUUGACUAUAAUAUUAUUAUUUUAUCUGGCGUGUGCGCAGGGGAACAGAUGAUAAAGGUUAAAGGGUGUAGACAGACCCGUUACGGAUAUUUUUUACGAGUUUAUUAUUAUAUACAGUUCAAUGCCGUUGACUAUACACGGCGUUAAGGAUUUUCGAGGUUCUUCUUCAACUUACAGGUUGAACCAUUUUAUAUAAUUAACCAUCGUAUACGUUUAAAACUAUAUGUAAUGUAUACAAAACUCAUAAAACUCAAAACUCAUUCGACUACGUAUAGUCGAAAACUAUAUGCAUGUCUCACACAUUGCCUCAGUCUAAAAUUUAAGUAUUUUUCAAUGUAUAUAAUAUAUAUAUAUAUAUAGUCAGUGGCGUAAUGAACACAAGUUGAAAUUAGAGUUCUUGAUUAAUUAUGUAAAUUAAUAAGUACAUGCGUGAAAUAAAGUCCGCGUACACACAGUAGCGGAUUUACGGGGGGAGAGAGAGCACAGGGGGUCUGGACCGCCCCCCCUCCCCCAGAUACUGAUAUAAUAAAUAUUUGUACUUGUAUACUCAAUACACGUGCAUUUACUAUAAGUUUUCACGUGUUUUAAAGCUAUUCACGUGAAUGCUCAGUGAAAAUACGUUCAAAAUAACGUAAAAUGAAGCUGCUCAUUUGAGGGGAGGGAUAACAGGGAAAUUAUCUCUCCGUUGGACUUUUUUUUUAAAGUUUUUACCUCCUAUUGGACUCAUAAAUAAUAAAGGAUACGCUAUCCUGACUUUGUUAAUGUUUCAAGACUGAUUUACGAAGUGGGGCGGCUUUUUUCUUCUAUGGUUUUUUAUCUAUGAUGAUAACUAGAGCUCGGAUGUUGUUGCAUUUGCAACUUUUUUUCUAUUGUUCGGAUUCGUUGCCAGGUAGGUUAUACAUUUGUUUCAAAUAAGUACAAAGUAAUAUCUAAAAAAAUUUAUAUUGCAACUUUUUGCAAUUUUUGACCUUUUUUCAAUUUUAUUGCAAUUUUGUUGAUCGUCGUCAUUUUCAAUACAAUUUUAUGUAUUUUUUGUAUUUUCACUUUUUUUGUAAGAUUAUAUAGAAAUAGUCUCUGGUUAUAUCAGACUUUGUUGGUUGUAACUUAUGACGGCUUAUUUGACCGUUGUCGUCAGCGGUAACUGGAAAUACAAAUUGAUUAAUACACGGUACUUACGCUAUAUAAUGAUUUCGGGAAGUAUUUUCCGUCUACAAGAAUUUGUUGUCUUUUUAUCGAAUGUCUUUCGAGUUUGAGAACCUGAAGAAGUCGUUUAUAGUACAAAGCAAUAAUUUUUAAGGUAAAUACUUUUUUUAUUAAAAACGAAACAAAAAUAGUUUAAAUAAAAAGUUUUAAAUUUUAAUAAAAUUAUUUGUUGGUUCCUGAAAAAGUAAGAAGACCGGACAAAUUACCAGAUUUUCAAUGAUGAGAAUUUGAUUUUGAAUUUUUUUUUUUAAUCUACUUAUUUAAAAUCCAUCUAAUAAAAUUACUUUAAAAUAUUACUUAAUAAAGUUACUUAAUCUAUUUCAUUGAAUAAUUUGUUAAUUUUAAUUUUUAUUAGUUUUGGUAAAGACAGUUUUUUAUUGCAAUUUUGGGUUGUUUUCAUAGCAAUAAUGCAAUCAAUUGUGUAACAUUUUUAGUGCAAUAAUGUCCGAGCCCUAAUGAUAAAUGAUUUUUAUAAUUUUUCGACCCUCCGGGAACAUUGCCAAACACACAAUUUUUGUAUAAACGACCUAUUCAUUUCUUUAUUAUCUAUUCUGGAAUUAAACCGUUGAUUGUAUAUGUAUUUAAUAGCUGUUAUCAAACGAACGAUAUUCAAUCGCUAAAAUGUUUCGAAAAACACGUCUAGAAAAAUCAAUUAUUGCCAUUAAUAACAAACACGGUUUAUAUAAAACCAUUAACGAAUACGUAAUGAAAAAUUUAAGAACAUUUUUUUUUUUUUUUUAUCGUUUAUACGCGUACCUAUUAUGAACAUAAUAACAUAACAUAACAUUCUUACUUGACAUUAGAAUUGGGCGUUUUUUUUUACAGUGGGUAUACUAGAUAAUUUAACUUUCCCGCAAAUCAAAUACCGUCACUCACCACGCCCCAGAAUAUAAUUAUCAACUAUUGGUGUACCAAACUAUGUACGCAUAUAGAUAAUACGGGUAUUUUUAUUAUGGAAUGGUAAUGGGUGAACAAAAUUCGAAAUAUUAUUUCAAAGGUGUUUUAAGUAGGUACACUAAAAAUGCACAGUCCUCCAUUAUCGUAAUAAUAUGUAAUAAAACAAAAAAAAUAAACAAAUAAAACACCACUUUUAAAGCAAUAAAUAAUUUACAUAGAUACUGAGCACGCGAAACCCAAUGGACCCGAACCACGACCACCAACUACACCACGAACACCAUCAGCACCACAUGAAACGGAGCAAAGGCAGGACCGGUUGGCCGCAGGACGUUUGGGCUUUGGAACUGAAACAGGAACAAGUGUAACGCACUUCGCGACUUGACGACUAUAUCGAUCCACCACGCGAGACUAAAUUAUAUUGAUAUACACUGUUAAUAUUACCUAUACAUAUUAUUAUCGUUCGUACCAAUGUUUAUUUUUUUUUUCUCUCUAACGCCUAGCGAACGGUGAUUAUGAUUAUUUUUUUGAUACCCGUUUUUGAAUUCCAAGCCUCGGUAUUUAGAAAACCGUGUUUCAGAAUUACUAUUUUUUAGUAACACAAAAUUUGAGAAAGUUGAUUUCGCUUAGAAUAACGUUUUAGAAUAAACAAUUACAAGCAAAUAUAUUAAAUAAGAAUAACGGACGAAAAUACAUGCGUGUAAUUUCAGCUCUACCACCAAAAUAUAAGUUAUUAAAUUGAACGGAUAAAAUUAUUUUGUAUUUAAAAAAAAAAACUAAAAAUGGUGUGACAAGAACAAUUUUUUUUAAAAAAUUCCGAUAAAAACGUCAUUUUUUAAAAUUUUAUCCGAAAAAAUCUAAGAUAUAAUGACAUUCUCAAAAACUUUAUCAAAACGCUUCAGCAUUCUGAAACAUUACAAUCUAAAACAUCACUUUUUAAAAAAUACAAUUCCCAGAUAUUAUUACAUUUAUAUUCAGAUAUUUUUACAUAUGUAUUUGGUCAAUCACACGGUUUAUCCGUAAGCACGCAGUAAAAAAAGUUUAUUCUCUAAAUUAAUAUUCGGACAGUUGUACAAACUAUUAAACUAAAUUCAAAAUUCGGUUGUUAUCCUAUUAUUUAAUGUCACUUUUAAUAAAAAAAAAAAAAAUUGAAUAUGAAACCAAAUCGAGAUUCGCAAUACAAUUUUAAAAAAAAAAAAAAAAACGUCUACCUACGGGGUGAACAGAAUUUUUCGUUACAGUAAUUUUCCACAUAUAAAUACGUAAUAUCGCGAGAAUUUUAAUGAAAAAGUUGUAUAUUAAAUAGUAUAAUUUAAAAUUAUAAUAUAUGGACUUAAACAAAUUUUAGACGCCUUAUUGAGAAAGAUUUCCCGGUUCAACUAUUAAAAUUCAAGUGAAAACCUACUUUAUUUUGUUUGCAAACACCACGUAAACGUAAUUUUUUUACGAAUUUAUGUGGUCAAAACACAUAUUUUAUUAGAAAACUCUUUGCUGUAUAACGUGGUUUAAAGUUCAUUAAAAACCGUGUAACACACGUACCUGGUUCCCUAUUUUUCAAUGUAGCUAAUAAUUUUAGAUUAUACUAUUCAAUAGAACUCGUUCGUUAUACAUCGUUUAUCUGCGUUGCAUAUACGGAUAAAAAAAAUACUCUUACAUAAAAUUCGGAUCUAUCAGUCCCACCCCAUACAACUUGUAUUUAUUCUGCCGCCGCGUCGUGAAGUGUGGGCAUUACAACAGAGAGAAAAAAGAUUGGAAAUUUUGUUGUCUUUUUUUUUUCUUUUUCGAUUAUUUUAUUAGGCAAUAAACGGAAUACUGCAGUUUAGGCAUACCGCACAUAACGGAUAUAAGGGCAUUUCGUACUACAUUUUAUACCGCGUUUACACACAGUCACCAGUACACAUUAACCUAAUUCGUAUUGAAUUGAACUUGCAUAUUUUAAACGCACGUUUAGUACGCAUUACCUAAGUUAUUUUAACUACGCGUUAAGUUAAUGCGUAUUACAAUAUAGUGACUUCAUAAUACGAACGUGAUAAUAGGAUUUUAAAUAUUUUGUAAUAUAUUGCGUGUGUGCGUAAUGCGUAUUUAUUAUUAUUAUUAUUAUUAUUAUUUCACAUUUUUUAGUAUACGGCGGACCGCACGCGUAUUUAUUAUUUAUACGAUACAGUUUUAUGUAUACAAGAGAUAUUAUAAAUAAAU